AUGACCUCGCCACAAGAGCACGAUCCCCUGUCGGUUUCCACCGUCAACAUCAAGUUACCGCCCUUCUGGACCUCUGAUCCAGAAUUGUGGUUUAUUCAAGUGGAAUCACAAUUCACUGCACGACGCAUCACCGCAGACCUCACAAAAUACCAUCACGUGGUGAGUCGAGAACUCUUCCUCCAGCGGCUUCCUACAAACGUGCGGAUAAUACUCAUCUCCGCCGGGGAAACGAACCUCUCCAAGUUGGCUGAGCUCGCCGACAGACUAAUGGCCGUGCCCUCUUCCUCUGUCUCAGCCGUGCAAGCAGAGCCAGCUACUUCUGACCAGUUGCAAGACAUUCGAGACGAGAUAUCGCGCCUAACCGCCACAGUAGCUGCACUGCAGGAGUCUGUUUCCCACCCGUCUAAUCAGAGUACCAAGCCGCGACCACAACAGCAGCAUAAGCCGUGA